AUGGCAAACCCCGUGAUUGGUCAGUAUAAAAAGCAGAUUUGCAGUGAGUACCAGCAUGUUACCGAGUAUAACUCACUGCCUGGAGAAAAUGUGCUGCUGUGUGAGCGCUACACUGAACCUCUGAUCAUUCAAAGACAUAGAGAUCAAAAAGAAAGAGAAGAGGAGAUCUCCUCAAAAGGAGAAAGUUUCCAGAAGGUCCUCAGCUCCAGGAGCAGUCAUGAAUCUGUCCUGAACUCUCUGUUUCACACAGAUGACCAUGGGAUCACUCCUAGAGCUGUCAUACUGCAGGGAAACUCUGGGAAUGGAAAAUCUUUUGUUGUGCAGAAGAUCAUGAUGGACUGGGCAUCUGGUAACCUCUACAAAGAUCAAUUUGAUGUUGUGUUUCACUUGAAGUGUAAAGAAAUUAACUGCAUUUCUGGUGAAAAGAGUUUGUUGGAGCUCUUGAGCUGGAGUUGUUGUUUAACUUCAGAUGAGAUCUCACAGAUGCUCCAGCGGUCAUCAGAGAGAGUGCUCUUCAUUAUUGAUGGGUUUGAUGAACUCAGACUCCCACAGGACGUUUAUUACAUGACAUCACCCACAGAUCCAGACAAGAGAUGUAAACCUGUGCUCACUCUUUGUGCCCUGCUGAAAGGACAUCUCCAGAUGAACUCCUUCCUCUUGGUCACCAGUAGAUCAACAGCUACAGACAAUUUAAGCAAUCGGCUCAAGAAUCCUCAGCGUUUCACUGAGAUUAUGGGCUUCUCUGAAAGGGGGGUUAAGGAGUAUUUCCAGAAGUUCUUUCAGGAUGAGGGACUCUUUGAAAAGGCUUAUACGUUUGUGAAGUCGAAUGAAACCCUGUUCACUGCCUGCUCCAUUCCUGUUAUCUGCUGGAUCAUCUGCACAACUCUCAAGGAAAGAUUUAAACCAGGUGUCGAGGUAAUAAGUCAUUUAGACACAACCACAUCCAUAUAUGUUGACUUUGUGUUCACUCUACUGGAGCAUCACAGUCAGGGUUUGAAUCAAUCUGUGCCAAAUCUGCUGAGGAGUCUGGGUCAACUGGCAGAGAGAGGGAUGCAGGAACAACAAGUUCUGUUUGAUAAAAAUACUGUCUAUGAAAUAAUGCAAGAUUCUGCAUGCUGUCCAUUUCUGUGCAAGUUCCUCUUUAAAAGAAGAAUUCAGCAGGAGACAAUGUUCAGCUUCAUGCAUCUCAGCUUUCAGGAGUUCUUCACUGCUCUGUACUAUGUCUGUCUGGAUAAAGACCAGGCCAUGAUGAAACUUAGCCAGACAUGUUCACUUUAUAACCGGUGUUACCCACCACAGCUGGAAGAUGUGGUAAAGUUUGCUUUUGGUCUAUUAAAUAAGAACUUGCAAUGCAGAUUUAGGAGACAUGGACUGUUUAUUCAUCUAAAUGCACAGGCCUAUCUAAAAGAUUGGCUCCUAAGUACUGUUCCUAGUACUUAUGGUCCAAUAACCACAUUUGUUUUAAAUUGUCUCUAUGAACUCCAUGAAGACAUCAUUGUAGAAAAAGUUAUGAAGGUUUGGAAUAAGAUUGAUGCAUAUGCUACAUACUUCAGAAGAACAGACUGUUGGGCUCUCCUGUACUGUGCUCAGUGCUGCCACAGCAUCAAGGAUAUCUCGAUCUGUGAUUGCAAAUUAACACCUGACAAGUUGUCUAUGAUUUUGCCUGCUCUCCAGAAGUUUGAGAAAAUAUACUUGGAUGUAGAAAAUCCAACAGACUCUGAUAUUAUUGAUCUGAUGUGUGCAGUCACAGGAGGACAGACCCAAAGGUAA